AUGGAUGCAGAGGAAACACUUAAUGUACCCACAGUUGAACAGCUGCCAGUCAUUAGCAAGAUCAUUCAUAAUAUAACACAUACUCCAGUAUUGUCCCAAAAUGAUGAUGUCAUAAAAGGUGAAUUUCAGCUUAUUCCAGAUCCUGUUCCCUACGAGACUGUUGCAGACAUUUAUCAAUCUGUCAAAAUUACUAGUACACCUGAAGGACAAACACGUUACAAGAACUUAGUUAAAAUUUCACUUGAAGAUGGAGUUGAAAUUAAAACAAAUGAGAACUUAGCUUUCACUGGUGUAGAACAACAAGGUAGUGAGAUAUUUUUGCAAUGUAGACGCUUAAACAAGAAGAAUUCUUCUGCACUGCUUCUGCCGAUGAACUGCGUAGGAAAGUUCCAGGAAUAUCCUGAUAGGCGUUACUACAAAAUAAAUAAAAUAAUUGACUGGAAAAUGCUAUGGGGUCGACAACGACUGAUAAAGCCUGCACCUGAAUCUCCAAUGCAUCAUGAAAAUUUCUUAAUUCCAGAGGGAUUUACUGGUUGCAUUUCUCUGGCAGUAAGCUAUUCUGUGAAAGCAGUUGUGGAUGGAAAAGAAAUUGUUAUACCACCUGACAUGGACUUCGAUGUGGUAGAAAUUUCUGAAGAAGGAAGCAAAACCCCAGUGACAGAAAAGCUUACAGCAUUAAAAAUCUACAAAUACAUGGCUGAUAGUUUUCCACUGAAAGUAAGAAUUAUAGAUACAACUGAUAAGAAAGACAAGUCAAGAACAGGAGAUUGUCUGCUGAUCCUGAAAAAACAGAUGGAUAAAAAAUAUCUUAUCACAGAAAUGAACAGCACAAGUUCCAAGAGACACUUUGUUGUGCCUUUGUCAUACAAAGGAAUGGUAACACGGAUCCCCAGAAUAUUUCCCUUUGUAUAUGAUGUACAGUUAGCUGAUGACUUUGAGGGAAACAUGAAGAUUAUUGCUACCAAGGAGUUUGUGUCUGAAUGGAAGGAAUUAUCGUCCUUUACCUCUGGUGAUCAGUUUUCUUCCAUGAGGUGUGGAAAAGUUCCAGUAAAAAUUGGUAGAAAGAGGCAACUUACUGAUGUUAUUCAAUGUAAAAAUGUUGCAACAGAUGCGGACAUCACACUGCCUUUUUAUGCAGAAGGACAAUUUUUUGAAGUUAUUGGUCGUGGAGUAAGUUGCACUUUGUCUGACUUUUUAACGUACAACUCAAUGUCAUGCCACUUGAAAGUCACCACCAAGGAUCCUUUCAUUAAAAAUGACCCCUUAAUUCAUGUGUCAGCAUUUAUGAUUGAAAAACAAAUUACAGAGGAAUGUCUGGUUGCUGCAUGUCUCCAGAAUUCAUGUGAAGUUUUCAAACUGCCUAUACACCGCACACCUUAUAUAUUCCAGGCAGAUACUAAUAUUUCUUUAAAAAGUGUACAGACACUGAAUUCACCUGUCCCGUUAAUUGAAGAAGUAACAGAAGACUUCUAUUAUUUAUCACAAAAGGAGUAUGAGGUUGUUGUCAUACCUCCUCCAUUGCCUCCUAGGCAGAGAACAAGCAUGGUUUCCUGUGUCUCAUUUGCUCAAAAGCCUCCUCCCCUUCCACCUAAACCAAGCAAAGUACUGUCUUCCAUGGAAUCCCUUUCACUGGUAAAGUAAUAAACACAACUAGUAUUUACACAUAUAAAGACUUUUCAGUUUACAGAGUUUACAGUGGAAUGACAAAUGUAUUUUUAUUUAGCAGGUUUCUU